AUCAUCAGGUGCCUAAAAGGAUGUGCCAGUGUUGUCCAACAACAUCCAAUUUUUUAAGGAAUCUGUGUUGCUGUUUUGCAGCAGAAGAUAGUGAGGAAAAUGGUCGCCUUUUGACUAAAUCAAUAUACGUGACGACAUCUGAAUCACAAAAACAUUGUCUAGAUGCAUUUCGUUUCUUUAAAAACAAGUAUCUGAGUUCUUGCAACCUCAAGAUAAAAGAUCUUCGAGUAAUUGAGAAUAAGGUGAUUAUUGUUUGUCCGAAAACAUCUCGCUUCCAGGAUGAUGUCACAGACACACUGAAGGAUUUUCAAAUACGAGGUCAGCCCAACAUGAUGUUUGUUGUAAUGCACAACUGUGAGCGUGGCGUCAUGCCGGAAAACCUUAUAACAGAAAAAACAGACAGAAGAGUUACCAAUUUUACUAAUGUUUUAUAUAGCGAUUCCGAACAGUGUUACGACAGCCCAAUCAACAAUGAGGCAGCAGAUGACAUCAAACGUUUUAUAAGAAGUGGUUAAUGAAUGAUCAUGUUAUAUGUUGCUUGACCAGAACUCUAAUACAUUUUAUUUGAUACUUUGGAUUCAAUACAAAAAUCAUGCAAUUAAGUUUAAACGACACUACCUCUGAGAAGUUUAUUGAUUAUUAUUAUUUUUGUUUUGUUUUGAACAUAUUUUGUUGAUUAACUCAAAAUGAUUGGGAAACAAGUUCUAAAAUAACUUACUAGUUCCUCUCCUUAUAUAAUACAAUAUGUUGUUUUAUUUUUCUUGAGGUAAUCUUUCACUCAUGAGACUUCAAAUUUAGAACUGAACUGGUCUAGGCACUUGGGGCCAUUGAUCAGUGAAGUGGAAUGACACGGGGCAGAGAUUUUUAUGGAUUUUUUUCCGAAAGAACCUAAACUUUCACUUCAAUAGUGAAUAGCGCGCAUGGCGAAGGAAUAUUUGCUACCUUUCUCAUAUCGAAUUAUCUUUGAAGCGACCAGGACUAGAACCCACGACCUUCCCACUGCAACUGACUGAGUAAAAACGAACAACUAUUACAUUUACAUCAUUGUAUACUCGGUGAAGUUCUGAAUACGAAUUAAUUGUGAACUGUGUAUAGUAACUAUAAUAGAAAUAUUUUAUUUGCACCUGGAAAAAAUUCAAAGAAAUUUUUUUUUAUUUUUGUUUCUUUCCUCUAUACGUAGUUCUAAUA